AUGGACCGUGCGGAUAGCUCGAGUACGUCUCGUGGAAGAGGCAAGAAUAAAAGGAAUUGGUCUUCCGAUGAGGACGAUGAGCUUAUUAAAGCUUUGUAUGAGUUAUCUUUGGACCCGAGGUGGAAAGCUGAUGGUGCCUUCAAGGGUGGAUACCUGGGGAUAUUGGAAAAGCAUCUUGCUGAAAAGUGUCCAGGCCGUGGUAUCACUGCAUCCCCGCACAUUGAAUCAAGAGUGAGGCACUUCAGGAAGAAAUUUGGUGCCGUUGAAGUAAUGCUAUCCAAAAGUGGUUUCACAUGGGAUGGAAGUCGAAAGAUGAUUCAGUGCGAGAAGGCACAAUAUGAAGCUCAUUGUCAGAUUCACAAGGAGGCUAAGGGAUUGUAUGGUGUAUCAUUUCCAUACUUUGAACAAUUGGCUGCUAUCUAUGGCAAAGACAUUGCAACAGGAGAAAGUGCUGAAGGCUUUGGUGAGGCAGUGGGAAACUUGGAGAAGGAAAUUGCUAUGGAGGAAGAAGAAAAUGAGGAAGAGGACAUCAUCUCAACUGGAACAGCUCGACGGUCCAUUGACACUUGCUCUAUUGAUACAACUAGUUCGAAGAGGCAGAAAAAGGAGCCAAGGCCAAAGAGGGCGACAGGACCAAGUGAUCCAUUUGCAGCCAUGCUUCAAGAUGUCAAUAGCCAGCUGAACAACGUGACACAACAUGUGGGUGCAAUGACAACAUCAUUUACAGCAGCAAUGGCGCGAGAAGCAGCACAAGAAGACCCUCAACAGAAAUCAAGAGAAAAGGCAAUCAGUGAAUUGUCUAGGCUUGCAUUUACUGGGAGCGAGAUUGUUGAAGCUGCAACAAUAUUCGCUAAAGCUCCAGAGCACAUGAACAUGAUGCUUGUGCUUCCAGACAUUCUGAGGAGGGACUUCGUCCUGAAAAUGCUGUCCGAUGAAAGAAAGAAGCAAGGUUGA